CUUGGCACCACCACCUUUCCUUCAGAGGGGGCUAUAUUAUAUAUACUCCCCUAUCUCAUCGAAAAGAAAUUCAAACACCCAAGUAAGCGAUCCCCCCAUUCCAAGUCUUGUAUAUCUAAAAUGUUCAACAAAUCUGUCGAACCACUUUCGCGGAAAUUCGAACAGGAUAACAGGAAACGACCACCGCGUCGACAGGAGCUAUGCCCAGAGCCAAUCUCAUUCUGGAGGACCUAACCGAUGAUGACAGCGAAGUCGACUUGGGCUCAAUAAGGACGGCAUCAGCAUUCGACACCGGCCGUUCUCAAUCUUCUUUAUCUCUUUCCUUUGACCUACCACCUUCAUCUCCUGCGUUAUCCUUAAAAUCUGCCUUUGGCUCGCCCUCGUCUCCUGAAUUGAUUAAAGUUUUACGGCCCAAUACCCUUUCGCGUUCCCAAACACUACCGCACGCUCCUCAAACAGAGGUCAAAUCGAGGCGAAGAAUAUCUGGUAUAGAAGAACUUGAGAUAGACGAUGAUGUAUUAGCGAAGAUCAGACGGUGGGUUUUGGGUAUAGCCAUAGUCGACUUCGAUAUCGACUCGGGUCCUGUGGUCAACGGCAUAUUUCCACCCUUAUUUCUUUUGCCAGAGGAGUCAGAAAAUAUCGCAUUUUUAGCGUUCCCCGACUCAUUGCAAUUUGAUCAAGGCUCGCAAAACCAUUCUUUCCGUAUUCGCGAGCAUAAGUUUUCUGUAUCAAGCGAAAAACGACCGGCUCCUAUUGAUGGAUAUAUAUACGGUUUUUCUCACUUUAGUCAAAGGCGAGAUCCUGCGUCGAAGCGAGGCUAUGUGCAACGUUCCCUGGUAUUCCUUACUCAUCACCCCUAUCCGGCACUUUUCUCGUCGCUGUCCUCGAUAUUCGGUCCGUUGUUCUCAGUGCAUGGGCUACCGAUGCUGGAGACUGCAUGUCAUAAUAUCGCCACAUGGUCGGACCCUACGCCCGGAGCAACUGUCGAACUGGGAUUCCUAGGUUCGGUGCUCCAUGUGGAGCUACCACACUAUAUCGACGAGCAACAACUUACAGAAUGUGAUCCCAAGUUUCAUAUCCUAGCAUUGUCAUCCCCGUUCUUGCCCCCACCUGUGCUUCUCUUUGAAGCAUCUCUCUCACAUCUUUGGUCAAUAUGGGAAUGUCUGGUUCUUUAUGAACCCAUAUUCAUAUUCGGCUCGUCUCCAUCUCAGACAAGCCAGGCAAUAUGGUGGCUCCGGGACCUCUUACGCCCUAUCCCUACUGCUGGAGACAUCCGGCCGUACUUCACUAUCCACGAUAGAGAUUAUAGUGCAUUGGUCAACAAACUUCCGCCAAAGUCUGGUCUGCUUCUUGGAGUGACGAACCCUUUCUUUGAACGGUCAUGUCUGCAUUGGCCGCACGUUUUAAGCCUUGGACGGAGAAUUCCGCCCAACACAGCGACGAAAAACACCACAUCGACUGUUGCUCCCGGACCUUUACCAGGCUGGAAGACCAAAUCGCAUAAACGGUAUAUAUCAAAAGACCAUGCCUUAUUGAAACAGCUCGAGUCGGCGUGUCGUGGUACCGAACAAGAACGAAUGUCCGCUUCAUGGGCUUUGCGAAGGCAUUUCUAUUCACGUUCAAAUGAACUUCUGACACCCCUAACAAGAUAUCUGAAUACCCUGAUACCUACCCCCUCGGAAGUCGCUGGUCAUCAGCGUAACUCGCGUCUGGGUCCUCUUCGACUCAAGCCAUUCAACACGUCUGCUUUUUUCGCGUCAUUGAAGAUUCAUGGCAGUACCCUACCGUUUCGCUCAACGAGCAAGCGGAGGGAGUUUUAUGACAGAUGGUUGAAAACUCCGUCUUUUGGACUUUGGCUCGCUCAACAAGAGCAGAUUGUUCAGGGUGUACUGAAGCAGAACCUGAAUGUUACAGCGUAGACUGGGCUUUCCCCCCUUAUCUAAUUGGAUUUCCUGUAAUCAUAUACCCUGUACAUUUGGAAGAAGAAAGAAAUGUUUCAUUCAACAUGAAUAGUUCUUGUAUUGGACAUACAGACUAACGGACUACAUAUUUCGACGUAAAGAACUAUCGAUUCUGGAUU